UCUCCCGCACGCUCCACUCUCGAUUCCACAAGUGCCGCUCACUUCGCUCCGCUCGCUGGGAGCUGCCGGGGCUGGGGAGCCCGCCAGGCAGGGGGCGGCUCGGCGCCCAGCUCCUGCCCCUGCCCCUGCCCGCGCGGACCAGGCUGCUGCAGGCGCGAGCGGGCUGAGCGAGCGCGUGGCCCCCCGCCCGAGCCCCUGUAUGUUCGGCUCCUGGCGCAGCGCAGCAGCCAGCAGCUCGAGAGGCGGCGGCGGCGGCAUCGCAGCGGCCGGGCUGGGAGGCAGGAUGAAGGGCUUCCUCCGGCUGGCCCUCGGAUGCUUGGUGGCGGACCUGCUCACGCUGGUGUGCCGGGCGCAGGAGAAAGCCGGGCAGCACCUGGGCAGCAUCGUGGUGCUCUCCGGGGGGAACCACUCCAGCCUUGGGGAGCACGGAGACGCCUCGGAGCCGCCCCCGACCCCGGACUUCUGCCGGGGCUACUUCGACGUGAUGGGCCAGUGGGACCCGCCGUUCAACUGCAGCUCGGGGGAGUUCGUCUUCUGCUGCGGCACUUGUGGCUUCAGGUUCUGCUGCAAGUUCAAGAGGACCCGGCUGGAUCAAAGCACCUGCACGAACUACGAGACGCCGGUGUGGAUGAACACGGGGAAGCCUCCUGCCCGCAUCGACGACCCCCUGCACGACCCCACCAGGGAUAAAACCAACCUCAUCGUCUACAUCAUCUGCGGGGUGGUGGCGGUCAUGGUGCUGGUGGGGAUCUUCACCAAGCUGGGGCUGGAGAAGGCGCACAGACCGCAGCGGGAGCACAUGUCCAGGGCUCUUGCUGAUGUUAUGCGACCUCAGGGUCCUUGCACAACAGAUCACAUGGAAAGAGACCUAAACAUUGUAGUUCAUGUGCAACAUUAUGAAAACAUGGAGGCAAGGCCACCUGCAAAUAAUUUGCAUGGUCCACAGAUGAAUAAUGUGGUACCAACUUCUCCUCUCCUCCCUCAGAUGGCACAUCCACAUUCAUACCCCAGCAUCGGACAGAUCACAAAUCCUUAUGAACAACAGCCCCCAGGCAAGGAGCUUAACAAGUAUGCCUCCCUAAAGGCAGUCGGAGAGUAUGAUGGUGAUUUUCCUGUGAUGACACUUAAGUCAAAAGCUGACAAGGUCAACGACGACUUCUAUUCCAAACGCCGACACCUUGCAGAACUGGCUGCCAAGGGGAGCCUGCCACUGCACCCAGUGCGCAGAGAAGAAGACAGAACGUACACGCCUGACAAUGGCACAACCAGACAGAAUGGGCAGAAAUCCAAAGUCUCAAAGAUGCACACACACCCCUUAGCUUACAACUCCAACUUCAAAACCUGGGACCCCAGUGUCCAGUCCCUCCGACGGCAGACAUAUGCAAACAAGGGAAAGCACGGCACAGGAGAACCAGCAGCAAGUGACCCACUGACAACUCGGAGCCAGCACUAUCUACCCCCACAGCCAUAUUUCAUAACUAACAGCAAGACAGAAGUGACUGUUUGAGAUUGCUUUUGAGAAAAAAAGAUCCCUUAAAAACAAAAACAAAAAAAAAAAACCCCACACACAACUGAAAGAGGCAAAAAACAAACAAACAAACAAAACAAAAAAAAAAAACGACAUCAAGAAAGAAAGGAACUUCCACUUGGACAUUCCUGCUAUGAAGCCAAUUGUAAGGCAAAGAGUGGGCUAAUACCAUUCAGCAAUACACUGAAGGUUGAAUUAGAAACACCAUUUGUAUUUCACACUGGAAAACAAACCCUUGUGACUAAUUUUUUUUUACUUGAAACUGAAAUCCAUGAUGAGAAGUAGCACAAUCUAGAGAAACUUUAUGUCUGCUUAAACCAUUACACUAUGUUCCUGCCUUGAGACAGAGAGCUAGUGAGAGAGAACAAUAUACUGUAAUACAUUGUUUUGGUCAGGAAUUUUGUAUAAAUUCUAAUAAUAAUCACUAGACCUGUGAAAACCCAAGUGCAAAUAACUUGGUACCAGCCCUAACAUUAUUGUACUUUCAUGCCAUCACUAUAUGAAGCGCAAAAAAAACCCCAAUAAAAUAAAAUAGACAAAAGACUCUUUCAUGUGAAUCCAACGAAGACUGUUACAAUUAAAAACAUAUGAGAACUUUCUGGCUGGCAAAGAGUCCAGAAGGACAACAACAAACACAAGACGCUUUUAUUUUAGUUUAUUUUUGGUUUAGUUUAAAAGUUUUUUGAACCUCCAAAAUAAGAGACAUAUCAUAUGACAGAAUGUGGGGUGGGAGUGCGGGAAGGCGAGGGCAGUGGGCAGAAAACCACUCCCCCUCAGUCCUGUUUUCCAGGCAGAAGGUAACAACUCUCACUUUGCGGACUGUCAAGACUUUUUCUUCACCUAAAUGUUUUGCCUAUAUUCAACUGCUUCGGACUGAAAAUAAAUAAGCGUGGGUGGUGCCUUUACUGUAUUGCUAUUGUUCAAUGACAGUCUUGUUUCUCAAAGUGAAACCCGUGUUCUUUUAAGCUUAUUUCCUCAUGUUUUAUUAAAGUAUUAGAAGGGUUCCAUCCCCAUCAGCCUCUCUGCCCUCUUUUGUUGUCAAGAAUGAAUAUUCAUGUUUCAUCUCCGUGUAGUGGUUGCAAGGUCAGGAAUAUUUAGUUAGCCCCUCACCCCCAUGGUAAACCAUAAUUUUCCUACCUAAAAUCCCCUAUAGUCUUUCAUUCUAUAUUUGCUUUUAGGCACAGUAGUUCUCCUUCAAAGUUCAAUUAAAUGUUACAUGGCA